AGACUUCAGACAGAGUUAAGACAGUCUCGUUGACGGUCGCAUAGGUUCGAGAUCUUCGAGCUUCCCCUAAAAUACUCUUCUCUCAGAGUGUUACAAAGCCACACGCGAGUUCGUAUCUUAGUACACAAAAAAUAAAUAAAGAUACAAAUUAAUAAAUAAAUUUCAAGUGUGGAUUUAUUUUUCUUUUCUUUGCGAUUUUUUAUUUUGUUCAUCUAAUUUGCAUAGAAAUAAAAUUUCUAUAGUGUGUGCAUCUGAUUUGCUCAGAUUCAAGCUCUCGUUAGGUUUUAUCCGUCCGCGGACAAUCUGUGUUACUUUAAAUCCCAUAUCUCAAUUAAGUUCAUAAUUCAGAUGCAAAAAUAUUUAUUGAAAGUGAUAAAAAUCAAUUAAAAUUAAAAAAAAAUAAAACAAGUGGAAAAUUUAUUGCAGUGUAAAUUCAUUACUGUGGGAAAUAUUCAAAUUCAAUCUAUCUAUUUUUCAAAAAAGAUUCUCGUUAGCAUUUUAUCUCAUUAUUCGUCGAAUUUUCAUCGGCCAAACAUAAAUAAAAGAAAAACUGGUUAAGACUUAAAUUUAAAAAAAAAUUAAAUAAAAACAUCAACAACGAUGCUUCCAUGCCGACGAGUUCUUUCGUCGCAAUGCACUGUGAUAUAUAAGUCUAUGGUUUGUUUCCUUCUUCUGCUGGGAUGUAAUUUAAUUCAUCGGAUUGAUGCCUUGGACAAUGGUGUAGCGAGAACACCACCCAUGGGAUGGUUGUCGUGGGAGCGAUUUCGUUGCAAUACAGAUUGUGAAGGUGAUCCAGACAAUUGCAUAAGUGAAAAUCUUUUCCGUACAAUGACUGAUCUAGUGAUAUCAGAAGGAUACGCAGCAGUUGGAUACGAGUACAUCAACGUUGAUGAUUGUUGGUUGGAGAAAUCCCGAGGACCACAGGGACAACUGGUACCAGAUCGUAGACGAUUCCCCAGUGGAAUGAAAGCUCUAUCGGACUAUAUUCACUCGAGGGGCCUGAAAUUUGGAAUUUAUGAAGAUUUCGGUAAUUACACCUGUGCAGGUUAUCCCGGUAUCAUUGGCUAUCAAAGACUCGACGCUGAUUUGUUUGCCGAUUGGGACGUUGACUAUGUGAAACUUGACGGGUGUUAUUCCCUGCCAUUGGACAUGGAUAUCGGUUAUCCAGACUUUGGUAGACAUUUAAAUAGAACUGGACGACAAAUGAUCUACUCAUGCAGUUGGCCAGUAUAUCAAAUUUAUGCCGGCAUCAGUCCGAAUUUCUCUUCGAUCAUAGAACAUUGCAAUUUGUGGAGGAACUUCGAUGAUAUUCAAGAUUCAUGGGCUUCGGUGGAGAGUAUCAUCGAUUACUAUGGCAAUAAUCAGGAUGUGAUUGCACCUAAUGCUGGUCCUGGACAUUGGAAUGAUCCAGAUAUGUUAAUUAUUGGUAACUUUGGUCUGAGCUAUGAGCAAUCCAAGACUCAAUUCGCCAUCUGGGCAAUAUUGGCAGCGCCACUUCUUAUGUCAGUAGAUUUGAGAACUAUUCGUCCAGAGUUCAAAGCCAUCCUUCAAAACAGAAAGAUCAUUGCCGUUGAUCAGGAUCCUCUUGGUAUCCAAGGUCGGAGGAUCUACAAACACAAGGGAAUCGAAAUCUGGUCACGACCGAUAGCUCCCAUUUAUCAAACAUACUACUCCUACGCUGUAGCAUUUGUGAACCGUCGAACAGAUGGAACACCCUCAGAUGUUGCAGUAACACUUCGUGAACUCGGUCUUACUUCACCCACUGGAUACAGAGUUGAGGAUCUCUAUGAAGACGUCGACUAUGGCGUACUAAGUCCACAGACAAAAAUUAAAGUGAAAGUAAAUCCUUCCGGUGUAGUGAUCCUUAGAGCCGAUGUACAGCCAGAACGUUUUACGAGAACGCCAUAUAAUCCGCUCUCAUAUUUCCAUGUCAAGUAAUAAGAAACGCCAUCUAUUUGUGACUGCUGAAUAGUUUUGCCAAAACCUUUUACACACGAAAAAAAAGGAAGAGGAAAGCAGCCAUUAUUUUUUGUUUCUUUAAAUUUUUCACAUCCUCUAUCUGUGUCUCUAUUCUUUUCCCAGUCUAUCUAGAUUUUUUGGUUAAUUUAACUAUUAUUUAAGUGAAAAACAAAA